AUACCAUCACUUAGGGGAAUGCGCAGAGUAAGCGGUCGCACAGACCCAACGAGCAAGUGAUGGCUAUCUUGGAAUCAUGCUCGUCAACUAUAACUAUUCGACGUGUAGUAGUUGUAAUUUCGGUGUCAAUUUGUGCCUCGUCUUUUUCAAUAUGUCAAUACUUUAUUCGCUCUGAAUACAUGAAUCACUUACUGCAACAGUCCAAAAGUUUACGCUUUCAAAUGGAAUGCUUGAAUGGACCUGAGCCUGAAACGAGACAUGACUGUUGGAAAAAAUAUCAAAUAAAGUCAUCCGUUCAAAAACAAAAUAACUUGACAUCUGAGUGCUUACAUGAUGAACAAAUAAGAAGUUUUAUAAAUAAGAAUAUAGACAGAAGUCUCGAAAGCGAAAAGAAACACCUAGAAAAUGAUGUUGGAGAAAUUGGGAAGAAAAAGCUCGAUAAAAUAGUUGAACGUUGCUAUGGUGAUGACAAAAGAUUUGUUGUUCACUGGAUUGCACGUGACAAUGCAAGUGUCGGAAUUGAAGCUCAUACUUGGUUCCCAGUAACGGAGUUAUCAAACGACAGAUCAAUAUACACUGUAUCUCCUGGAUACGAAGAUUCAUUUGUGAACGGAGCUGUGAAAAUACCGAAAAAUGGUCUUUAUAUGAUUUAUGGUAAAAUAACUGCAAAAUGUGAAGAUUCCGAUGAAAAACUAAAAAGGAUUCAUUUUGAAAUUCGAAUGAGGAUAUACGACAACAGCGAGAAAACCCUUCUGAGUGAAACACGAACAGGAGUUUGUAGGAUUCCCGGUGAUCUUCUAACAAUGUUUCAGCAAGGCUUGUUGAGACUGGCAAAGGGAAAUCUUAUCUACAUCAGAGUCAAAUUCCCAGAGAAUGUCAAAUUAUCGGAUGAAGACUCUUGGUUCAAAAACAAUAUUGGAGUUUCGUGGGUUGGCCGAAGUUGAAUUUUGUUACAUUAUGGUUCCGAAGUUGAACUUUUUACAUUAUGGUUCACUAAAACUAACUCCCAAUUUACAUCUCAUCCAAAUUUUUUUUAUGUGCAUGCAUCUUUUUAUACUUUUUUCAUUUGACUAGAUUGAGAUGUAAAUAAUAAUGAACUAUGCUUU